UACAGCCCCUUUCAAUCCCCGUCACAACAACCGCUCACCGGCCGGCCCCGCUCCUCUGCACCGCGUUCCCCGCGCUCGCCGCCGCCAUUUUCGCCGUUCCCCUUCAUGUGAGGGCCGCUGAAUGGUCCCGGCCGGAGGAUUCGCCGCUGCCGCCGCCGCCGCCGCCGCUUGAGGCCUCGCCCCGCCCGGCCGCGCCCUGCCCGGGGGAGGAGGGGAGGGGGCACCCGGCUCGUCUCCCCCCUCCCCGUUAUUCGGUGAUGCGUUGACGGGGGAGGGCCCCCCACCGGGCCGGUACCGUCGGACCUUUCGCCGGGCAAAGUGGGGGGGUCGUCGGAGGAGACGGCGGCGGGAGGAGGAGGAGGAGAAGGCGCCGAAGGACGGCCGGCAGCUCGGGCCGGGCACGCAGCCGCCGGCAUGCUGCAGAAUGUGAAUCCCCAGAGCAAGCUGCUGGGGGAGGGCAAUGCGGGGCUCCUGGGCCUGGCACCGGAGUCCACCCCCGGCAAGCGGAUCCGCAAGCCCUCGCUGCUCUACGAGGGCUUCGAGAGCCCCACCAUGGCCUCGGUGCCAGCCCUGCCGUCGCCGCAGGUCAACCCCCCCCCGCCGGAGGUGUCCAACCCCAAGAAGCCCGGCAGGGUCACCAACCAGCUGCAGUACCUGCACAAGGUGGUGAUGAAGGCGCUCUGGAAGCACCAAUUCGCCUGGCCCUUCCGCCAGCCGGUGGACGCCGUCAAGCUGGGCCUGCCGGACUACCACAAGAUCAUCAAGCAGCCCAUGGACAUGGGCACCAUCAAGAGGCGCCUGGAGAACAACUACUACUGGGGGGCUCCAGAGUGCAUGCAUGACUUCAACACCAUGUUCACCAACUGCUACAUCUACAACAAGCCCACUGAUGAUAUUGUGCUGAUGGCCCAAACCCUGGAGAAGAUCUUCCUGCAGAAGGUGGCCCAGAUGCCACCAGAGGAGCAGGAGAUUGUGGUGCCUGUGGCCAAGAACAGCCAUAAGAAGGGAGCCUCCCGUGCAGCAGCGCUCCUGGCGGGGCUGACGGCCGCCCAGCAGGUGCCGGCGGUCUCCUCGGUGUCCCACGCCGCGGUCUACGCCGCGGGCCCCGAGAUCCCCACCACCAUCGUCAACAUUCCGCACCCCUCCGUCAUCUCCGCCCCGCUCCUCAAGUCCCUGCACUCCGCCGCCCCGCCCGGCCUGCCCGCGCCCACCCAGCCCGUGGCCAAGAAGAAGGGGGUGAAGCGGAAAGCCGACACCACCACGCCCACCACCACCGCCAUCAUCGCCACCAGCGCCGAGUCCUCCCCCUGCGGCCCCCUGCCGGAGGCCAAGGCGGCCAAGCUGCCGGCGCGCCGCGAGAGCGGGCGGCCCAUCAAGCCCCCCCGCAAGGACCUGCCCGACUCGCAGCAGCACCAGACCUCCAAGAAGGGCAAGCUGUCGGAGCAGCUCAAGUACUGCAACGGCAUCAUCAAGGAGCUGCUCUCCAAGAAGCACGCCGCCUACGCGUGGCCCUUCUACAAGCCCGUGGACGCCUCGGCCCUGGGCCUGCACGACUACCACGAGAUCAUCAAGCACCCCAUGGACCUCAGCACCAUCAAGCGCAAGAUGGAGAACAGAGACUACCAGGACGCCCAGGAGUUCGCCGCCGACGUCCGGUUGAUGUUCUCCAACUGCUACAAGUACAACCCCCCCGACCACGACGUGGUGGCCAUGGCCAGGAAGCUGCAGGACGUCUUCGAGUUCAGCUACGCCAAGAUGCCUGACGAGCCGCAGGACGCCGGCAGCCCCCCCUCGGCGGCCGCCCCCCUGGUCGGGGUCCUCUCCAAGUCCUCCUCUGAGGACUCCUCCAGCGACGAGGACGAGGAGGACGAGGAGGAGGAGGACGAGGAGGAGGAGGAGAGCAGCAGCGAGAGCUCCUCGGAGAGCGAGGAGAGCUCGGACUCGGAGGAGGAGAGAGCCAACCGCCUGGCGGAGCUGCAGGAGCAGCUGAGGGCCGUGCACGAGCAGUUGGCUGCCCUCUCACAGGGCCCCGUUUCCAAACCCAAGAAGAAGAGGGAGAAGAAGAAGAAGAAGAAGUCGGAGAAGCACAAAGGCCGAGGCGGGGAGGAGGACCCCCGGGCACGGCAGGGGCAGCUGCGCAAGGCCAAGAAGGCCGCGGCGGGGGCGGCGGCGGCGGGGGGCGGCGGCGGCAGCUCCAAGAGCUCCAAGAAGGCAGCCAAGGCAGCCCUGCCCCCUCCCCCGGCCCUCUACGACUCGGAGGAGGAGGAGGAGAGCAAGCCCAUGACCUACGACGAGAAGAGGCAGCUGAGCCUGGACAUCAACAAGCUGCCUGGGGAGAAGCUGGGCAGGGUGGUGCACAUCAUCCAGUCCAGGGAACCCUCCCUGAGGGACUCCAACCCCGAGGAGAUCGAGAUCGACUUCGAGACGCUGAAGCCCUCCACGCUGCGGGAGCUGGAGCGCUACGUCCUGUCCUGCCUGCGCAAGAAGCCGCGCAAGCCCUACAGCGAGACCCUGAAGAAGCCUGUGGGGAAGACGAAAGAGGAGCUGGCCCUGGAGAAGAAGAGGGAGCUGGAGAAGCGGCUGCAGGACGUCAGCGGCCAGCUCAACUCCACCAAGAAGCCUCCAAAGAAAGCCAGCGAGAAGCCAGAGUCUGCCCAGCAGGUGGCUGUCUCCCGGCUCAGCGCUUCCAGCUCCAGCUCCGACUCCUCCUCCUCCAGCUCCAGCUCCUCCUCCUCAGACACCAGUGACUCAGACUCUGGUUAAACUGGGAGGGGGCUGCCCGG